AUGACUUCCAACGACAAUUUGAUGAACUCCUCGACUGAGGGGAGUGUCGCCCCGUCCAACUCUUCGAUAUCUACCAAACCAUCGUCUUCCGUCGUUGCCAAACCCUUUAUUAUUCGUAAUAAUCGUACUUAUAUCAACGAACCCACACUACUAUACCCCUUACCUGUGGACUUGGCAGAACUUCAUCGCCAGUCUCUCCGUACGCUUAUGCUCUUCCAGUUGUUCGGUGGUCCGACAACAGCCCCCGAAUUCUCCAAUAAGCCGCCAUCGAGCGUCCUCGAAGUAGGAUGUGGUUCAGCGUUUUGGAGUAUGAUGUGCCAUAGGUACUUUGCCCAGCACGGCCAUUCGUCCAUAUCAUUCACCGGUCUCGAUAUCGUCCCAUUGGUCGGUUCGGGGCUUGAUCCGAACUGGAAACCUGAUAAGGACAUGAAAUGGCGAUUCCUCCAACACGACAUGCGACGAACACCGUGGCCCUUACCUGACAACGAGUUUGAUUUGAUCAUGGUUAAAGAUAUGACUAUGUGUCUCUCGACUUUCAUGCGUGAUCCGCAGAUACUAUUCGAAGAGUACCUCCGUAUGCUGAAGCCAGGCGGCGUGUUAGAAUUUUGGGAGAGUGAUCAUAGCGUGCGCAUGCUUCGACCACAUGUUCUCAAAGCUCCAGUUAUGUCGAAAGCCGAUUCUGAUUCAGACUCUAGCAGUGAAGAAGAAGACGAGACGGAGAAGCUAGGAGCAUAUAUUAUGACGAACAACACGCCCCUCAGUGCACCGUUGAACCCAUAUCUAGUGGAAUUUAACGGAUGGGUAACUAAGGGACUAGAUGCACUAGGGGUGUCCGCUGUGCCCUGCACGCUGAUCGGUCCAUACCUUCUACAAGAGGCGGAAACUCUGAUGGAGUUGCGAUCGAAGCGACUAGCAGUACCGCUAAGCGAGAUCAGAUGGGAGCGUGAAGGUGUCGGCGGUGUCGUGACAAAAGAUGGCAAGAGCUAUAUCGACUCGAUGAAAAGAAAAGGCAAAUCGACGGACUCGAAAGGUGGGGGUAAAGGCCUGACCGCCUCUCAGGCCGCUCUCAGACGGACCGCGCUGGAGACGGUCGUAGGAUUGAUCCUCGCCUUAGAGCCAGUUCUUCGGGAGGUUAGCGGGAAAAGCCAGGACGAAUGGGAUGGAUGGAGCGGCAAAAUGAUGAACGAUCUACUGCGCGAGGGCGGCACCAGCUGGGGAGAGUGCUUGGAAGUCGGAGCAUGGAGCGCUAGAAAGAAGCUAAGCAGCUCGACAUCAUGA